AAGUGCAAUGGAAUUCCUGUAGAUAGUGGUUUGGUGCGAUUGGAUAAUACUCUCUUGCAAAGGCGACGGAAAACUAUACUUGCAUGUUGUGGAUAUUUUGGGACGUGCUUUUAAUGCUAUAUAACCACUUCUCAGACACUCACCAUUAUUAGCCUCUCAACUUUCUAUUGGGUUCAUUGGCAUUUUCUCUCAGUAUAAGCUUUGCUUCGCAGAGCUUAGAUCUUUCAGAGCCUAAAACACCAUUUUUGGGUUGAAAAUGAAAAUGGGUGUCUGUUUCAGUGGGGCAUUGGUUGUGAUCCUUGCAAUGGCAUUUUCCAUUGGUGGAGAUGCUCAGAGUUCAACCACUCUUGUUCCAGCAAUCAUUACAUUUGGUGACUCUGCAGUGGAUAUUGGGAACAAUGACUAUAUCCCCACCAUUUUUAGGGCUAAUUAUCCACCUUAUGGAAGAGAUUUCAUCAACAAGAAACCUACUGGAAGGUUCUGCAAUGGGAAAUUAGCCACUGAUAUCACUGCUGAUACACUGGGAUUUACCACAUACCCGCCAGCAUAUCUUAGCCCAGAGGCCUCUGGGAAGAACCUUCUUAUUGGAGCCAACUUUGCUUCAGCUGCAUCUGGCUAUGAUGACAGAACUGCCGCCUUGAGUCAUGCAAUUUCCUUGUCGCAACAGUUGCAGUACUACAAAGAGUACCAAGCUAAGCUAGCAAAGGUAGCAGGGAAUCAAAAGGCAGCAUCCAUUUUAAAAGAUGGAUUAUACAUAAUGAGUUUUGGUAGCAGCGACUUCGUUCAAAACUACUACAUCAACCCUUACCUGAAUGGUGUCUACACUCCUGAUCAGUAUUCCUCUAUCCUCGUCGGCAUAUUCUCAAACUUCGUUAAGAACUUGUAUGGUUUGGGAGCCAGAAGGAUUGGGGUGACUUCACUCCCACCACUGGGUUGUCUUCCAGCUGCCAGAACUCUAUUCGGAUUCCAUGAAAGAGGGUGCGUCUCUCGGAUCAACACCGAUGCCCAAGGGUUCAACAAGAAGAUCAAUUCAGCUGUAUCAAAUCUCCAAAAACAAUUCCCUGAGCUUAAAAUCGCCGUCUUUGACAUCUUCAAACCCCUCUAUGACCUUGUUAAGUCUCCUUCAAGCAACGGUUUUGCUGAAGCAAGCAGAGGUUGCUGUGGGACCGGGACGGUGGAGACGACAUCGCUGUUGUGCAAUCCACAUUCCCCGGGCACUUGUAGUAAUGCUACACAAUAUGUGUUUUGGGACAGUGUCCAUCCGUCUGAGGCUGCUAACCAGGUUCUUGCCGAUGCUUUGAUCAUUGAUGGAAUCGGUCUCAUCGGAUGAAGUUGCAUUGUCUGUGCCUCUGCUAGGUUCUACUCCUAUAAUGUCAUGUGAUCACCAUGGUUUUCAUACAAACUUGAUUUAUUGCAGUGCUUGUAGUGUAGUAAGGGCAUCCACUAUAUCCUGAAAACGGAUAAGACAUCCUUGGAUCCAGGAUUUUAUUUGUAUUUUCGGGAUUAUCUUACAAGCUGUGUGGUAUUAUAUGAAGCUUUUUAGAUUA